UAAUACUGAUUUGUUACUAGACGUGCAAAAUGAAAGUGGCGAUUGCAAUUUGAUUGGACGUUUUCUUUUCCCGGGAAUAUCACGUGAUUACAAAUUGCUUUCAUGAAACGUAAAAUUAAAUCAAAAUAAAAUUAAAGCUGAAUAUUCAAUACGCGUGAAACUACAUCACGCAUAAUAAAAAAAUAUUAAUCAAAUAACUAAUAAAUUCGAUAAUAUUAUAUUUAUAUAGAAUAUUUCUUUCGAUCGUAAAUUUUUUAUCGCACGAGUACAAUCGAUUACGUUCCCAUCCUUCUCUCUGAAAUUAAUAUUACUAAAUGUCUCCUUGACAAAAAAUUCUUUCCUUUAUCGUUUUAUUUUUAUCACUUUCUUUUCCUUUAUCUACUUUAAAUUACCAAUGGAACAAAAAAGAAUAUUAUCCGAGAGCAAUAUCUCAGAAAUGUUAGUUUAAUUGUAUAAGUAGGUAUCAGAUGUACCUCCCUAAAAAUGUGCAGCUGCGAGCCACGAUUUGUCUUGCAUCUCACUUUCUUCUUCCAUCCUCUUUUUACGUAGCUCCCUUCUGAAUGCACAAAGCGCGUGUGAGUAUGUAACGUAGAGUGUUACAGGAGUUGGUAGAGAUCGGUGGUGGGGGAAGAAAGAAGAAAGAAGGAGGGACGUGAAAUGUGUGGAAUACAUUCUAUCGGGAGCAGCGUGUCCCCCUCGUCGCCAUCACAGCCGUACGGGGCACCAGUGCACGCAGCAAACCAAGAUUGCCAAGAUGGAUGCCCGGGCUCGACCGUCGAGAAGUAUGGAUUUUACCGCGUGAUUCGUAUACGCGCUCUUUCUCUUCCACCCACUGGACAAUGGGAGAAACAUAAGGACGCGAGGAUACGAGUGUUCCAAUGCCUGGCAAUAGAAUAUUUCACAAAUUCGAAUUCGCGAAUUCUCGUGACGCGAUAACAAAUCACGUUCUUUUUACCAAGUGAUGAGUAAAAUAUCUGAUAUUGAAAAACGAGUUAGAAGACUUUUACAAUGGUGGAUAACAAUUGUAUCAUCGAAGGGAACGUCAAGUUUCGCGAUGGGAAGAAGUGGAAAUCACGAUGGUGCGUAAUGAGAAAAUUAUCACCAGUAGCAGAUUGCUUGCAUUUACAACUUUAUGGAGAUAGCAAGGAUCGUUAUAAACAAGGGCAGACAAAGGCAUCUUUAAGUUUACAACAUUUUCUUGGAGUAGAAAGUGGUUUUACCCUUGAUAAAGAAUCAAACACAAUUGCUAUUAUUUGUCAAGAUGUAACUGUCGUACUUGCUUUUGAUACGCGAGAACGACUAAUACAGUGGCAAGUAAAGAUAUCAAAUAACUUGGGAGAAGAUCAACAGUUUUUGAUAUUGAUAUCCACUGCACCGUCAAAAGCAAAACUUACAAACGGCCCAGCACAUUUACAUAUUCAGGAUCGCCGAUUUUGUAUUACGGUUGGUAUCCCACCAAGGUUAGUUGGAAUAUGGGAAAUCGCUCAUUUACGACGUUACGGUGUUGUCGAGGGAAGAUUUUGCUUCGAAGGUGGUUCGAGAUGUGGCCGUGGCGAAGGCCUUCAUGUUUUAAUAACGGAUCAGGGUGAAGAUAUCGUUAAAACAUUACAUUUGGCUGCAGAGGGAAAAUUAUCUACGAAGAAGAGACCACUUGGCCGUGAAUCCUCAGUACAAGAUAGUCCGCGGCGACAAUUUAGUAGAUCUGAGACUAGAGCAAGCGAUUUUUUUCCCUCGGCUGUGUACUCUUCGACAAUAUCAUACGAAGACCAUUGUGACAGUUGCAAGAAUGGCAGCUCGUCUUACUGGUCAUCUGCCGAAAGUAGACAACAGACCGACGGUGAAGGCGAUUACAGUUGCAGAGACACAGUUUCUGUAUCGGAAUUGACUGAUCAACCUAGCGAAUGGCGUACCUGUUCACUUACUCGUCAAGGUACGACUGGUCUCGAGAGAUGUGCCAGUUGUAUCAGCAAGUUAGGAACUGUAUCGAAAUCCUCCACAUUGAUAACGGGUACCGGCACAAGUAGUAUAGGUAGUCCAGCUGGUGCAGUCACCAGUUUGACGUGUCAUCUCCAACCACGAGCUUUUGAUCGACUCUCUUUAUCAUCUUAUAGCAGCAGUAGUCACGACAGUGAUUAUUCUGGAUCUCAACAAGUUGAUUGUCACUGCCCUCAAUCCAAAAGUUCACAGGUACAGAGCGUUCGUCGUUCGUCGCUCAGUCCAAACGUUUUACCACCAAGACCACCGAAACCGUCCCAAUGCACUGCCAUGAAAAAGUCCAAGAAACCGCCGAUGCCACUACCGAACGAACAAAUCACCACUAACGUGCACAUUCAAAAGAGUAACGUGCAAAGUAGCGUCGUACGUAAUAGCAAUGUUGGACCUUACGAAAAUUAUGACGUUCCAAAGGCUAUUAUAGGACAUCACAUGUUAUUGGAACAACCAUUGCAGACUGAUCAAUAUUACGACACUCCAAGGAAGAUAAAGGAGUGUUUAACGAUGCCAAAAACUUAUCCCAAUUACGAUACACCUCAAGCUCCGCAAGCUGUUGUUUUGCAACAAUGCGGCUGUCCUGCAAAACUUAACGUUCAAUCGCCCAGAUCAUCGUCAGCCUGCCCAUGUCACAAUGUCAUGAGCUGGGCCGGAUUCGUUUUACCCUAUUGUCGACGUGGAGCAGGAAUUGAACCUAUGGGUGUAACUGUACACCCUGUAAAAUUAUCGGGAGAAGGAAAAAUGCCUGUUGUUAACGCCAGUGGCGAUGUUUCUAUUUACGCCACUGCCAAAAGAGCGAAUAAAGGACAGACUAACGAAGAAAAAGCUGACGAAAAUUGUGAAUGUGUAACGAGCAGCAAAUCGAAUAAUUACGAAAAUAUUGAACCUGUUACCGAUACGCAAUCUGAAUCUAAGCAAACCAAUUAUGCUAAUAUAGAUUUUACUCAAUCGUUAGAACACUACGAAAAUAGUAAAGACGUUCUAACAAAAAGUGGUAUUUCGCAAGAAGAACUAGAAAAGUUCGCUGAUCAGUUGAAAGAUACGAAAAUGGAAGCGUCAAGCGAAGAAGGUUCCUUUAAAGUUUGUCAAAAAUGUGGUCACAUAAAAGAAAGAGACAAUGAUUAUUUAGUCAUGGAUCCGGAUAAAGAGAUACCAAAAAAACCGUUCACUGGUUAUCUACCGAUGCAACCGGCUCACAAUGCUUGUUCCAAAGAAGUACUCUCCAGAAUUUACAAUGGUAUGAAAAGUUCAAGCAAUCCAACUUUGUCAGGCUCUUUAUCAACGGAUGGAAGUAAAAAACGUUGCGAUUCGGAAUAUCGCGUACCAGGAUCGGCGAUGUUAUCUAGUCCAUAUCUUCGACGUCGUCUUUUGGAUGGUAGCAAUGGCGUGGAACCAACUGGAACUAUCGGUAUUUUGUUAAGAAAACGAUCUUAUUCGGCCGAAUCGGCUCAUUACUUAGACGACGAAACUCAUACGUUCCCGUCCACUCUCACCAUACAUAAAUGCUCUAGCGAAGCCGAUAAGGCUUCCCUGAUAAGCAAUGAGCCACAUACAUCUUGCAUGAACUCGGAAAUGAAAAUAAAUCAGGAGAACGGACAGAUAUCUGCAGCUUCGUCUCAGCCGUCGUUCAUAAAAAUUCGUCGUUCAUCAUCCGUACCAUCGAAAACUGGUCACAACAGGGAUUCCUCGAGCAGCAAUGACUCGGGCGUAUCCACUGGUUCUCUCAGUCAUAGAACGACCGAAUUUGUUGAAUUCGAAACGUCGUCCGUAGUAUUGGCGAAGAAACAAAACGCUUUGUCGAUAUGCCGAAAAAGUCCACCGUCUACAUGCUAUCACAAUAGUUUACCGAGAAAAUCGAAAUCUAGCGAUCCCUUGAGGGAAUUAUCGUUUCAAUUUCAAAAGACUAAAAUACCUACAAAAUCAUCCUCUGCGGAAGCCGAUAUACCUACGUGUUUGCCGAAAAGUACAAAAGGUUUUAAUAGCCCUGGUGAAAUAUCGAGUAAUGCACCUUACAUUGACUCCAGAAGUACAAGCAGUGGUACCUCCGAUAUGUCUGAUUAUAUCGAGACACUUUCCUUAUCUUCUCAUUCGUCAUCCGAUACGCCAGAUAGUUUAAGGUUGGGAGGCAGAGCUUUAACCACUACACUUCGGCCUCGUAGUGGAAAAGAAUAUUAUAAAAUCGAUCGAAAUAUCUUGGUGGAACAAGGUCGAACGUCAUCUGCUAAUUAUGCAAAUAUUACUCCUGUGCUUGAAAAAAGUGAGUCUCCUUCACCCGGUUAUAUAAGCAGCUCACCCUUUGAGCAACCUCAGCCCAUUCGUGAACACUUUCUUUUUCCUGAAGAAGCUUGAAUAACGUAACGUCCAUAGCAACGUUGUUUUUGGGAAGAAAGUGGAAAACUUGAAGUUCCUAGGAAUCCAAAACCCAAAUAGGAGUAUUUGCGUUAGAGAAGGUAAUUCGAGUUAUUGCCACUAUUUACACUAUAUGCAAUGAUCUUGUAACUUGCACAUAUAUUUCUCGAAAAGCCCUUAUGCAUGUUUGGUAUGUACACUGUUAACAAAAGAAAUAAUGAUCGCGACAAAUUCAACAAAAUCAUCAUUACAAGAUCAAAAUAUUAUGUUCAACGAAAAUUAAUUUUUCCUUGUUUUAUAUAUUUUUAUAUCAUCUUCUUACUUAAUUGAAUCGAAUUCAUCACGUCGUAUAACGGUAUAUAUAUAUAUAUAUAU